AUGUCACUCCCCGAUGCCUGUCCGCAGCUCAGUGGCCAUGACGACGACGGCCCCGCCCGUGCUCUCGUCGCCCUCCUCCUCGUCGCCGUCGCCGUCGCCGACGAUGGGGCGACGCUGGUGGAGAUCAAGAAGUCCUUCCGCAACGUCGGCAACGUACUGUACGAUUGGGCCGGCGACGACUACUGCUCCUGGCGCGGCGUCCUGUGCGACAACGUCACAUUCGCCGUCGCUGCGCUCAACCUCUCUGGCCUCAACCUUGAGGGCGAGAUCUCUCCAGCCGUCGGCAGCCUCAAGAGCCUCGUCUCCAUCGAUCUGAAGUCAAAUGGGCUAUCCGGGCAGAUCCCUGAUGAGAUUGGCGAUUGUUCAUCACUUAAGACUCUGGACUUUUCUUUCAACAACCUGGAUGGCGACAUACCAUUUUCUAUAUCAAAGCUGAAGCACCUGGAGAACUUGAUAUUGAAGAACAACCAGCUGAUUGGUGCUAUCCCAUCAACAUUGUCACAGCUCCCAAAUUUGAAGAUUUUGGAUUUGGCACAAAACAAACUGACUGGGGAGAUACCAAGGCUUAUCUACUGGAAUGAGCUUCCCACUAAUUUGAUCAGUGAUGUGAAGAACAAUAGCUUGACUGGGGUGAUACCAGACACCAUUGGGAAUUGUACAAGUUUUCAGGUCUUGGAUUUGUCUUACAACCGCUUUACUGGACCAAUCCCAUUCAACAUUGGUUUCCUACAAGUGGCUACACUAUCCUUGCAAGGGAACAUGUUCACCGGUCCAAUUCCUUCAGUAAUUGGUCUUAUGCAGGCUCUCGCUGUUCUAGAUCUGAGUUACAACCAAUUAUCUGGUCCUAUACCAUCUAUACUAGGCAACUUGACAUAUACUGAGAAGCUGUACAUCCAAGGUAAUAGGUUAACUGGGUCGAUACCACCAGAGUUAGGAAAUAUGUCAACACUUCAUUACCUAGAACUGAACGAUAAUCAACUUGUUGGGUCAAUUCCACCAGAGCUUGGAAGGCUAACAGGCUUGUUUGACCUGAACCUUGCGAAUAACCACCUUGAAGGACCAAUUCCUGACAACCUAAGUUCAUGUGUGAAUCUCAAUAGCUUCAAUGCUUAUGGCAACAAGUUAAAUGGGACCAUUCCUUGUUCGUUGCAGAAACUUGAAAGCAUGACCUAUUUAAAUCUGUCAUCAAAUUUCAUAAGUGGAUCUAUUCCUAUUGAGCUAUCAAGGAUCAACAAUUUGGACACGUUGGACUUAUCCUGUAACAUGAUGACUGGUCCAAUUCCAUCAUCCAUUGGCAGCCUAGAGCAUCUAUUGAGGCUUAACUUGAGCAAGAAUGGUCUAGUUGGAUUUAUCCCUGCGGAGUUUGGUAAUUUGAGGAGUGUCAUGGAGAUUGAUUUAUCCUAUAAUCACCUUGGUGGCCUGAUUCCUCAAGAACUUGGAAUGCUGCAAAACCUGAUGUUGUUAAAACUGGAAAAUAACAAUAUAACUGGCGAUGUGUCUUCUCUGAUGAACUGCUUCAGCCUCAAUAUCUUAAAUGUGUCAUACAAUAAUUUGGCUGGUGUUGUCCCUGCUGACAACAACUUCACACGGUUUUCACCUGACAGCUUUUUAGGUAAUCCUGGACUCUGUGGAUAUUGGCUUGGUUCUUCGUGUCGUUCCACUGGCCACCGCGAGAAACCGCCAAUCUCAAAGGUUGCCAUAAUUGGUGUUGCUGUGGGUGGACUUGUUAUCCUCCUGAUGAUCUUAGUGGCUGUUUGCAGGCCACACCGUCCACCUGCUUUUAAAGAUGUCACUGUAAGCAAGCAAGUGAGCAAUGCUCCCCCCAAGCUGGUGAUCCUUCAUAUGAACAUGGCCCUUCAUGUAUACGAUGAUAUAAUGAGGAUGACUGAGAACUUGAGUGAGAAAUACAUCAUUGGAUACGGGGCGUCAAAAGGUUCAUCCAAGAAGAAAAAACUUGACUGGGAGACUCGCCUACGGAUUGCUCUUGGUGCAGCUCAAGGCCUUGCUUACCUUCACCAUGACUGCAGUCCACGAAUAAUUCACCGGGAUCUUAUGUGUCUCAAAACUCACACAUCAACCUAUGUCAUGGGCACUAUUGGCUACAUUGAUCCUGAGUACGCCCGCACUUCCCGUCUCAACGAAAAGUCUGAUGUCUACAGCUAUGGCAUUGUUCUGUUGGAGCUGCUGACUGGCAAGAAGCCAGUGGACAACGAGUGCAAUCUCCAUCACUUGAUCCUAUCGAAGACAGCAAGCAACGAGGUCAUGGAUACCGUGGACCCUGACAUCGGAGACACCUGCAAGGACCUCGGCGAGGUGAAGAAGCUCUUCCAGCUGGCGCUCCUUUGCACCAAGCGGCAACCCUCGGACCGACCGACGAUGCACGAGGUGGUGCGCGUCCUGGACUGCCUGGCGAACACCGAUCUGCCGCCAAAGCCGUCCGCGCAUCAGCUGGGCCAGCUGCCGCAGCCGUCUCCAGCUGUACCAAGCUACAUCAACGAGUACGUCAGCCUGCGGGCACUGCCGCUCUCUCCUGCGCCAACUCGUCCAGCACCUCAGACGCCGAGCUGUUCCUCAAGUUCGGCGAGGCCAUCUCGCAGAACAUGGAGUAGGGAAGAGGUCUGGGAGACUGGGGGAGUCUUGAGGCGUCUGAAGAGUGAAGCCGAUGCAGGGAGUAGUGGGAGUAGUUGA